CUGGGUCCAUCACUGAUGACGUCAGAGGAAUUGAUGAUUUGGAAGAUGGGAACCUGCUUGUGUUUUGAUGUGUCUACUGUUGUUGUAAACGUGGCUAUUACGAGGUCCAAAUAAAUGUACAGUAAUUCAUACAAGAAAUAUCUGAAUGGCUCUAACUACGCGUACACCAAACUGAAAGCAGAUGACUGUGAUGCAGCGGUGACACCUAAACGUUCCUGUAGUUCCACCAUGCCUCAGAAGCUGAUGAAGAGUGCCCACUACAUCGAGCUGGGGGGGAGAUACCAGUACUGGCCCGUGCUGGUCCCCAGAGGGAUAAGGCUGUACACAUACGAACAGAUCCCAGUGUUCCUGAGGGAUAACCCUUACAUCACAGACGGCUACAGAGCCUACCUGCCCUCCAGGCUAUGCAUCAAAAGUCUGUUCAUCCUGUCCAAUGAGACAGUGAAUAUCUGGAGCCACCUGCUGGGCUUCCUGUUGUUCUUCACGCUGGGGAUCUACGACAUGGCGUCUGUGCUGCCUGCCACCGGGGCCUCCCGGGAGGACUAUGUCAUCUAUUCCAUAGGACUCUUCUGCUUCCAGCUCUGUAUGCUGUGCUCUGUGGGAUACCACCUGUUCUGCUGUCACCGCUCAGAGAAGACCAGUCGCCGCUGGAUGGCUCUGGACUACGCUGGCAUCUCCAUAGGCAUCCUGGGCUGCUACGUACCUGGGGUCUUCUACGCAUUCUACUGCAAUAACUACUGGCGUCAGGUGUACCUGGUGACGGUGCUAGCUAUGAUCCUGGCGGUGUUCUUUGCCCAGAUCCACCCGCACUACCUCAGCAAGCAGUGGCAGCGGCUCCGCUCCAUUCUCUUCUGCAGCGUGGCCGGCUACGGCCUCAUCCCCACCGUACACUGGGUCUGGCUCAACGGGGGCUUCUCUUCGGAGCUCGUACAGUCUUUUAUUCCUCGUGUUCUGGGGAUGUACGUGAUCGCUGCCUUAGCCUUCAUCUUCUACGUCUCGAAGGUCCCUGAACGCUACUUCCCAGGUCAGUUGAACUACCUGGGCUCCAGCCACCAGGUGUGGCAUGUUCUGGUCAUUGUGAUGUUCUACUGGUGGCACCAGGCUGCCCUCUUCAUCUUAACGCACCGCCACAGCCACCCCUGCCCAGACUACACUGUGCACACCUAGGACUGCCCAGAGUAAACUACCCCCAGGCAGACUAGGACUGCCCAGAGUAAACUACCCCCAGGCAGACUAGGACUGCCCAGAGUAAACUACCCCCAGGCAGACUAGGACUGCCCAGGCAGACUAUGACCUAGGACUGCCCAAGCUACCCCCAGCAUGACGAGGACUGCCACAAGCUACCCCCAGCAUGACGAGGACUGCCACAAGCUACCCCCAGCAUGACGAGGACUGCCCAGGCUACCCCUGGUGUAACAGAGUAGGCCUCGUCCAGGCCCAUCCCUGGGCUCGAACCUGGACCCUUAUGCACAACACUCACAAAGCAGCGUUUACCCGUCACCCCACACAAAUAACUACUUCAAGGACUGCUGCUACAAAGACAGAUGGACGGAGCCAGAAUAAGCUUGGGAUCCCACUUCUGCCACCAUGGAGCGGCCAUGCCAGAACCAACCACAACAAGUCAAAUCCCACCCAGUCAACCAUUUUGAAAUGCUUUGGAUAAUAGCAUCUACUAAAUAGAAUAUAUUAUGAAAUGCUCUGGUGACUGGCUGUAGGAUCUUUAGAUAGUGGGAUGAUGUCACACUACUGAAUGAAAUGCUCUGGUGACUGGCUGUAGGAUCUUUAGGUAGUGGGAUGAUGUCACACUACUGAAUGAAAUGCUCUGGUGACUGGCUGCAGGAUCUUUAGGUAGUGGGAUGAUGUCACACUACUGAAUGAAAUGCUCCGGUGACUGGCUGUAGGAUCUUUAGGUAGUGGGAUGAUGUCACACUACUGAAUGAAAUGCUCUGGUGACUGGCUGUAGGAUCUUUAGAUAGUGGGAUGAUGUCACACUACUGAAUGAAAUGCUCCGGUGACUGGCUGUAGGAUCUUUAGGUAGUGGGAUGAUGUCACACUACUGAAUGAAAUGCUCUGGUGACUGGCUGUAGGAUCUUUAGAUAGUGGGAUGAUGUCACACUACUGAAUGAAAUGCUCCGGUGACUGGCUGUAGGAUCUUUAGGUAGUGGGAUGAUGUCACACUACUGAAUGAAAUGCUCCGGUGACUGGCUGUAGGAUCUUUAGGUAGUGGGAUGAUGUCACACUACUGAAUGAAAUGCUCCGGUGACUGGCUGCAGGAUCUUUAGGUAGUGGGAUGAUGUCACACUACUUUGUUCCAGGUGUAGGUUGACCAAGCGCACAGACUCGGCCUGAAAGCUGGCAUUGGGAACAACAAUACGAUACUCCCGAGACUAAUUCUACUUAGCUAGUUGUUUGUAGCUGGAGGAGCAGUGUUUACUCCAGGCCUGGUACUGCCCCCCCCCCCCCCCCCCCCUUUCCAAUCUGCUGCUACAGGAACACACCUAAAGCACUCGCAAGGUCAUUCCUCUGAACAACAUCCUGUUAACUGUUCAUACAGAUGUGUACUUAGUUUUUUUUUUUUAAGUGAACAAUGUUUUGUAGUCUCUUAAUUAAGUGCUUAUCCUGAUCCUAUACCAGGUAGCACUUCUGAUUUAUAUAUUUUUAACAUUUUCUUGUUAGUAACGAAGAGACUUAAUUUGGACUGCAUCAGUAUUCAUUGAUGGUAUAACACUAAUGAGGUGUGUGAAACACUUCACAGGGCAGUGAAGAAAUAUGACAACUUAACUUUGAUUAAAAGCAAUCAUGUUGGGGAGCUUAUUGGCUGAAGUGGUUCCCGCUGAAUGUACUCAGACCCCCUGCCUUAUUCCACAUGUUGUGUUAAAGCCUGAAAUAUAUUUAAUACACAUUUUGAAUGCUGUCACCCAUCUACACACAAUACCCCAUAAUGAAAACGUGUUUUGGGGAAAUGUUAGCUAAUUUAUUGAAAAGUGAAAAACAGAAAUAUCUCAUUUACAUAAGUAUUCAACCCCCUGAGUCAAUACAUGUUAGAAUCACCUUUGGAAGCGAAUACAGCUGUGAGUCUUUCUGGGUAAGUCGCUAAGAGCUUUGCCCAGCUGAAUUGUACAAUAUUUGCACAUCAUUUUUUAACAAAUUCUUUAAACUCUGUCAAGUUGGUUGUUCAUCAUUGCUAGACAGCCAUGUUCAAGUCUUGACAUGGAUUUUAAGUCCAAACUAACUCAGCCACAUUCAAUGUCGUCUUGGUAUGCAACUGUAGUGUAUAUUUGGCCUUGUGUUUUAGGUUAUUGUCCUGCUGAAAGGUGAAUGUGUCUCCCAGAAAGCAGACUGAACCAGGUUUUUGUCUGUUUAGAUAUCCUGUUUCUUUUUAUCCUAAAAAACUCCCUAGUCCUUGCCAAUGACAAACAUACCCAUAACAUGAUGCAGCCACCACCAUACUUGAUGUUGUUUGCUCCAAACAUAACGCUUUGUAUUCAGGACAAAUAUUUUUUAUUCUGUACAGGCUUCCUUUUCAUGCUAGUAUUGUAGAGUAACUACAAUGUUGUUGAUCCAUCCUCAGUUUUCUAUCAUAGUGAAAUCCCUGAAUGGUUUCCUUCCUCACCGGUAACUAAGCUAGGAAGGACACCUGUAUCUUUGCGUAUCGAUACACCGUCCAAGGUGUAAUUAAUAACUUCAACAUAUUCCAAGUUGUUUUUUACCCAUCUACUAGGUUCCCUUCUUUACGAGACAUUGGAAAACCUCCCUGAUCUGUGUUUGAAAUUACCUCCUCGACUGAGGGACCUUACAGUAAUCCCAUGUAAUGUAUGUGUGGGGUAGUCAUAAAAAAAAAUCGCAAUUAUGGCACACAGAGUCCAUGCAACUUCAUGACAUGUUAAGCAAAUUUGUACUCCUGAACUUGUUUAGGCUUUCCAUAACAAAGGGGUUGAAUACUUAUUGACUCAGUGUAACGGAUGUGAAAUGGCUAGCUAGUUAGCGGGUGCGCGCUAGUAGCAUUUCAAACAGUUACGUCACUUGCUCUGAGACAUUAAGUAGGGUUGCCCCUUGCUCUGCAAGGGCCGCGGCUUUUGUGGAGCGAUGGGUAACGAUGCUUCGUGGGCGACCGUUGUUGAUGUGUGCAGAGGGGACGACGUAAAGUUAUACUGUUACAUCAAGACAUUUCAGCUUUUCAUGUUUUGUAAAAAAUAUAAUUCAAUAUUAAUGGGGGUAUUGUGCGUAGACCAGUGACACAAUCUCAAUUUUAUUCAUUUUAAAAUUCAUGCUGUAACACAGUGUAAAAAGUGAAAGGGGUGUGAAUGCUUUGGAUGGAUCUUUUGUUAUGAAUCUAGGCCUAAUUAGACUUUGUUUUGAAGAAAAAUAAGUGAAAUAAAAAGGAAACUUUUUGGUUUUCACAAUAGUGGAAACAAGUAUUUAAGAAUCUCUUUGAAUGUGUGCGCUCCUUUUGAACUUGGCUAUAUUUAUAUAUAUAUAUGUUGUAAUGUCAUUGACAACCGUACUGUAGCCCUUUGUUAUGCAUUGAUUUUGUUUGGGAUAGUCACUGACUUAUGAACGCAUUGCAUUGUAGCAAAUGACACUUAGGUCUAACUAUCAGUAGGAAUAUGUAUAAACAUAUGCUGUUCCGUCGAGCUGAACCUGCAGAUCUGUUGUUCAGGAGGCUAACAAAACAAUGCUCAUAUGAUGUGCUAUUUGACUGUGUUGUCUGUUUUCUUGAUCUGUUAGACUGCUGGGACCUUGUUAGUGUUAAGCUACAGGUGACAUAGACCCUGUCUGCCUUAGAGGAUAAAGCUACAGUCAUGUGUUUAGUUAUUUCUAUUGAAAACCCUACUAGGGUUAUGUGCAAUGACAAUGUUUUGUAAAUGUGUAAUAUUUAACCUUAAAGUUGUAGAAUGACAAGCUUGUAUUUUUCUCAAUAUUUAUAAAAUACUACCCUUGUGAACAGGUUUAUACAUGGGAUCUGGGCGUGUGAUGAUAAAGCAUCUCUGAGUAGGACUGCUGAUCUAGGAUCAAGUCUCGCUGGUCCAUGUAAUCUUCAUUAUAAUCUAAAACUGAUCCUAGAUCAGUAAUCCUACUCUGAGACAGAAUACAGGUCUUGGAAGUGUCUAAAAUCCAUUUUGUCGUAGGUCUUACUUUCUAUGUUUCGUACUCCCAAGUUGUAGUAAUAAAAUACAUAUUGGAUUACA